AUGACGAUCCAUAAGGCCCAAGGCCAAAUAUUGUCUGUAUGUGGCUUAGAUUUGGAAACAUCAUGCUUUUCUCACGGACAACUAUAUGUGGCAUGUUCUCGCGUGGGAAAACUAUCCAGUUUGGUUCUGUUGGCUGAAGACGGACUAAACAAGAAUAUUGUGCAUUCUAUUACGGCAAACGUCCAUUAUUACUUGUUGUUAGUAUCAAUAAUCUGUGCGAGAAUUGUCGAUGGUUAUAAUCAUUCCCAUAGAGGGAAAAGGUACAUUGUAUAUCCUAAAGGAGGAAGCUACAAAUUGGUCAUCGGCAUUGGUACACCACUGAAACUGGGUUUGAAACAAUCAAUGGCGAUCGGUUGGAAUCUUCAAAUGCAAUAUUCUGUACCUCAAAACGCAAGCCAAAUUCUAACAAGUUAUCCACCUGUUUAUACUGGAAAAAGAUCUGUUGACAGUUUAGAGAUUUAUACGAAACAGAAAAGCGAUAGAGCUCUUUUUUACGGAGCAUUCGAAGACAUUUUGGAUAAUCAUGGAUUAAAUGGAAAACACUGUUUACUAAGAAGUAUCUGUGAAAAUGCGAUGGAUUCUUUAGCGCACGAUGCUAAUGGUUUAUUCGGCCAUCUUUUCGACAUCAUUCUAACACCCAAUUAUGGAACUGGAGAGCUUAGUUCAGAUCUGGAUCCUGUUUAUCUAGAAGCUCAACAAGCAGGAAUAUAUGGUGUUGAUUGUAAAAGUUUGUAUACAGACUGUUUCUUAGAAAAUGGAUUUCUGGGUUUAUUCUCAAUUUUGGAUGACAAACUCUAUUAAAAUA